GAGGGGGUAUCCCUUUCCCCCAUGUAUAAAACAUUCGCUGAAUAUCCAUCUCAUUUUAUCGAAUCCAGCAACCUUUCAAUAAACGUUGUUACAGCCCUUCAAACCUCACAAACCUUUCCAAUUUUACACCCUAAUUUUUCAAAGCACCCUUUUGUCUUCAACCAUCAUCACAAUGAAUCUCACCUGCCUCCGCAAAUACAAUCCCAAUGUUUUCCGCCAAUUAGACCCCCAUGUAGACCCAAUAUACCUCCAAACCCCACACCGAACCCAAACGGCGCUCGCACAUUCCCUGAUCAUCCCACGUACCCAUCCUCCCCACAACUCUACUCAUAUCUACAACGACUGCCAGUCCUGCGAAGACGAUCCACGAACUGGCGCUCAUUAUUGCCGUACUUGUAUUGAAGCCCGAUAUUAUGCACUCCAGUCUCAAUCUUAUUCACAAUCUCAGAUUCAAGAUAUGUACUAUACCACGUGCGAAUGUCCGCAUUGCGACAGCGGUUUGAACUCCUAUACGAAUAGCGUGCGAGGAUAUGCAAGGGGUGAUGGAAGAUGUUCAAGUAUAAAUAUAGAGCCUGUCACCCAACAAUUACACAAUACAGGAAGAUAUGCCCAUUUGUCUCCCAGUAGACUCGGGCGAAGUACUUAUAGAGAUGUCGGAUUACUUGGUUCAGGUACAUGUUUAGGUGCUGUAGGUGGAAUGGGUGGCUUGGGUAAUAUGGGUGGUCUCGGAGGACUGGGUGCUCUUAGUGGCUUUGGGGGAGUGAGAGAUAUGAGGGAUGCAAGGCAUCACAGCGGAAGAUGUGGGUCACAAAACAAUCGACUUGCAUAUCAGAUUUGACUUUUACCUCCUACUUUGUUGUCGUUUGCGGGCUAUACCACUAUUGAGUUUCAUUUUGUUCAAGUCUAUAAUAGAGACCAUGAGAGGAAGCAGGGGUCACA